GGCCCUGCCCAGCCCAUGGCCGGCAGGGUGGGAGGGAGCACUCGAGUCCACUGGAUGGGGAAGGCGACGCCAGACGCUGGACUGGAGGCAGACCAACAGGCCAGCUGCCGCUCUCGCUUCUGCCCAGCACUCGGGCGCCAGCCUUCACCUGCUCUCUCUGGGGCAGCUGCCUCCUGCUCGUCCGGCCAUGCAGUGGCUGUGGCCCCUGGCUGUCUCUCUUGCUGCGGUGUCGACUGCGGGGCUAAGCAGGUACCCAGCAGCGGCCCAGGAGCAGCAGAAGCGAUCCAAGAGGGGCACCGAGGAUGAGGAGGCCAAGGGGGUGCAGCAGUAUGUGCCCGAGGAGUGGGCUGAGUACCCCCAGCCCAUCCACCCUGCUGGCCUGCAGCCCACCAAGCUCUUGGUGGCCACAAGCCCCAACCCAGACAAAGAUGGGGGCACCCUGGGCAGCGGGCAGGAACCGCAGAGCAACCUGACGGGGACGGCAGGCCGGAGGCUGCAGAUCCAGAACCCCCUGUACCCGGUGACGGAGAGCUCCUACAGCGCCUAUGCCAUCAUGCUCCUGGCCCUGGUGGUGUUUGCUGUGGGCAUCGUGGGCAACCUGGCGGUCAUGUGCAUCGUGUGGCACAGCUACUACCUGAAGAGCGCCUGGAACUCCAUCCUUGCGAGCCUGGCCCUCUGGGACUUCCUGGUCCUCUUUUUCUGCCUUCCUAUUGUCAUCUUCAAUGAGAUCACUAAGCAGAGGCUGCUGGGUGACGUUUCUUGCCGGGCCGUGCCCUUCAUGGAGGUCUCCUCUCUGGGAGUCACGACCUUCAGCCUCUGUGCCCUGGGCAUUGACCGCUUCCACGUGGCCACCAGCACCCUGCCCAAGGUGAGGCCCAUCGAGCGGUGCCAGUCGAUUCUGGCCAAGCUGGCUGUCAUCUGGGUGGGUUCCAUGACGCUGGCCGUGCCCGAGCUCCUGCUGUGGCAGCUGGCACAGGAGCCCGCCCCCACCUCGGGCACCGUGGACUCUUGCAUCAUGAAGCCCUCGGCCAGCCUGCCGGAGUCCCUCUACUCGCUGGUGAUGACCUACCAGAACGCCCGCAUGUGGUGGUACUUUGGCUGCUACUUCUGUCUGCCCAUCCUCUUCACCGUCACCUGCCAGCUGGUGACGUGGCGGGUGCGGGGCCCUCCGGGGAGGAAGCCGGAGUGCCGGGCGGGCAAGCACGAGCAGUGCGAGAGCCAGCUUAACAGCACCGUGGUGGGCCUGACGGUGGUCUACGCCCUCUGCACCCUCCCUGAGAACGUCUGCAACGUUGUGGUGGCCUACCUCUCCACUGAGCUGACCCGCCAGACCCUGGACCUUCUGGGCCUCAUCAACCAGUUCUCUGCCUUCUUUAAGGGAGCCAUCACCCCGGUGCUCCUCCUGUGCAUCUGCAGGCCGCUGGGCCAGGCCUUCCUGGACUGCUGCUGCUGCUGUUGCUGUGAGGAGUGUGGGGCCACGGAGGCCACGGCCGCCAACGGCUCGGCCAACAAGCUCAAGACCGAGAUGUCCUCCUCCAUCUACUUCCACAAGCCCAGGGAGUCCCCCCCGCUCCUGCCUCUGGGCACACCGUGCUGAGACCAGGCCUGAGCUGGGAGGCAUGGAGCAGGGGCAGAGUGGGGCGGGGAGGGGUGCAACUGCCAGCUUGUGCCUGGUGUUUCUUUCCUGAUAGGUCCUGCUUUUCUGCCCGUUUUGUUGUCUAGAGAUGAACUUGGUUCCUCUUGUCAAGGUUUGGGCAU